AUGUCUUCGUCUGGCUAUGUGGCUGUUCCUCGGUGCUCGGUGAUCUUUGAUGGCACCAAUUAUGUUGAGUUCGUGGGCUUCAUGCGCAUUCAUAUGCGUGGACUUCUUCUGUGGGGUGUUCUCUCUGGCGAGGUCCCCUGUCCGCCAUGUCCUGUUGCGCCAGUGGCACCAAUUCCACCCGUGCCGCCGGUCCUUGCUGCUGAUGAUUCUCAGGCUAACCGGGAUGCGGCCAAGGUCCUAGAUGAUGCUGUGGUUGAUGCCUAUGAUCAGCAGGUAUCCGCUUAUUCAGAUGCUCUUUCUGUGUACCGUGAUGACCUGUCUGCUUAUACUCAAUGGCUCCUCGUCGACUCCUUCUGCUACUGCUGUGACUGCAUCCCCGCUCUCACCACCACCGGCAUCUACACAGUCAGGAUUGUCGCACCAAGACUUUGGUUGGUGCUGGCCCCCGGCACCAUGACCAGUGCUGGUGUGGUCUAUCCGCUAGUAAGAGAAAUGAUGAAUGCUGGUUCAUCAAGCAUGCCAGUGCACGUUUUACUGGAAAGAUUUACACAGUCAUUUGUGCAGAGGCGUCGCGCUAGAGAGGAGCAAGAGAAUAUUCAAGAGCUUGCGGCAGUUGAGGCUAGCAUAAAUUCGGCGAGUCAUUCAGCUAAUAUUGCUUUUGGCAUGGCGGAGACAGGGGCUUUCGCGGGAACAGAUCCUCAUGAGCAUAAAGAACCUGCACUGUUUGAUUUAAACGAGGCUAUUGAUGCAGAUGAGGAUGGUCCCAAUGCAGCAGGCACUUCGGUUGAUGAUGUUCUCGACAUGGAUACAACAGAGUCACAUGAGCAAAGGCAGCCACCACUCUUCGACUUGAAUGAGGUUAUGGAUAUACAUGAAGAUGAGCUUGCUGAGGGUGGAGACGUUGCUUCCGCAGUCCACCAGUCGCAGCAAGGCCCGAAUCCGGUGGAUGGAGCAGCUGUAGCCACGGACCAGGGAGAUUCGGUGCUGGAUGGUGUGGAACAGACUGAUGGUGUGGCUGCAGACCCAGAGCUUCAAAGUGCACUUGAACCUGAGCCCCCGACAGCCGAGGAACAUGAUAUGGACCGAAUGUUUGGUAAUGGUGAUUAUCCAUCUGUUCGGGAAAUCAUGGAAGCUCCUGCGCCGGAGCCAGGUCUUGAGUUCGAUUCAAGGGACCAAGCAUUCUUCUUUUUCGCCUCAUAUGCCCGGCGUAUGGGUUUUGCGGUAAAAAGGGACACCACAUAUGAGUCGAGGGUUUCAAAGCAGAUAAACAAGCAGUCAUUCAGCUGUAACCGGAGUCGGGCAAAUGCGUGCAACGAUUCUGCGCUGAGGAAGAGGAUGACUUCCAGAAUCAACAGGACAAUGUGUCCAGUUAAGAUAAUAGUGAAAGAAGAAUCUGGACGAUGGGUUAUAAAAUCCACAAAGCCUUGA